AUGAUAGUGAUGAAGAUGUCGACGAUGAUGAUGACGAUGAUUUAUUUUUUUAAACCUAUUUCCGGUUUGUUAAAAAAAAAAAAUUUUGUUCCCCCCAACGUGACGUCACACAUUCAAUUGAUUCAUAUAAAAAUUAUAAAUUUUUUUUUUUUUUAUUUUUUUAGGACGAGUUCGGAAAAGAAAAAACACGUGAAAAGGCCGAUGAACGCAUUCAUGGUUUGGGCCCAAGCAGCCAGAAGACAAUUAGCGGAUAUUUAUCCAGCUUUACACAAUGCCGAACUAUCGAAAACUUUAGGUACACUCUGGAGUAUAAUAAUCAUGUUGUCGACUACGUGUAAAAAACCAUUUAUAACGGAAGCGGAAAAACUACGACAAGUACAUAAGAAAAAAUAUCCCGAUUAUAAAUAUCAACCGAGAAGAAAAAAAGGUUCGAAAUGCGGUCACGAGGGAUUGUCAAAAAGUGAUUCAAUGAAUUUCAGGUAUUGA